AUGGAUUAUAUUCUUGAACUCGAUAGCCUUCUACAUGAUUCUUCUUCUGAUGAUGAGUUGGAAAUAAUUUCAACUUUUGCUAUGGUAAAAGAACUAUUGGAUAGCGAAGGAGGAUCUAGAUCACGGCGUGAUUCUGGUCGACGCCGCAAUACCAUUUGGCAUAAUUCUUUGCAAGGCAAAGAAAACCUAUUCUGUCAUUAUUUUGCAGAAUCGCCAGUAUUUCCUCCCAAAAAAUUUCGAAGGAGGUUUCGUAUGCGCCGUGACCUUUUUAUGCGCAUUCAUGACACAAUAAUAUCUCAUGACAGAUAUUUUGUCCAACGAAGAAAUGCUGCUAAAAAGCUCAGACAUUCUUCACUACAAAAGAUGAUUACCGCAAUUAGGAUGCUCACUUAUGGAGUAACAUCAAAUUUUAUGGAUGAAUACUUAUGGAUUGGAGAAACGACCGCAAUUGAUAGCUUUGUAAGGUUUGUUAAAGUGGUAGUUUCAAUUUUUUCUGCCAAGUACUUUAGGUCGCCAAACCCAAAAGACAUUGCUAGAUUGCUAGCAAUUGGUGAAAACCGUGGAUUUCCAGGAAUGUUAGGAAGCAUUGAUUGCAUGCAUUGGAAGUGGAAGAAUUGUCCAAAUGCUUGGAGAGGUAUCUAUUCUGGUCACAUCCAUGAACCUGCAAUUAUUUUGGAAGCCAUGGCAUCCCAUGAUCUUUGGAUGUGGCAUGCAUUUUUUGGGUUACCUGAGUUUCAUAAUGAUAUCAAUGUGUUAGAACGGUCUAAUGUAUUUGCCAAUCUAGCUGAAGGGCAUGCUCCUUCGGUCAACUACUCAGUCAAUGGUCACGAUUAUACAAUGGGUUACUAUCUCGCUGAUGCUCAAGAGUCCGCAAGAAAGGACGUAGAGCAAGCAUUUGGAGUGCUUCAAGCACGAUUUGCAAUUGUGCAUGGACCUGCACGAUUAUACCAACCUGAACUUCUUAAAGAUAUUAUGAUGGCGUGCAUAAUAUUGCAUAACAUGACCGUUGAGGAUGAGCGAGGUUUAUAUCUUGGAGCAGAUGAAUUCGAUAAUGAGCAAAUAACUGAUAUUCCAUUCGAACCACCAUCACACGAACAUACAGAUGAAAUUGUGGACUUCAUGCAAAAUCGUCAUUGUAUUAGAGACCAAGAAACACAUUCUCAACUCCAGUCAGACCUCAUCGAGCAUUUAUGGCAAAUACAUAGCCAAUCGUAA